GGUUCCACCUCGAGGCCUAGGUCUCAAGGGGCCUUGUCCAUUUCCACCCACUCUCUUGGAACUCUGCUCAGCUACCAUGAGGGCAGGCCCUGGCCUACGUGCUGAAUGAGAAGGGACAUGUAACUCAGUCACUACCCUCCCUUAUCACAGCCAACAGCUGCCAGACAUGAGUAAGGGCACCCAGCCCCCAACUCCAGAACCUGGAAGCUCCCUGCAGAUGCAUCAAAGGGCUCAACAACUGUAAGUGAUUGUUGUUCUAAGCCAUCUAGUUUGGUGUGGCUUGUCAUGCAGCAAAAACUGGUACAACCAGGGUAGAGAAAGGUAUGAAUUAGGAUGGGGCUGUCUAAUAGGCAAUUAGACAGGUGAGGCUGGAACACAGGAGGCCAGAAGCAUGAAGGUCUUCUAACUGUUCAAGGUUAAAGUCCUCAGGCUUCUGCUGUGCUAUUUCUGGUGGGCUCCAGAAAUCCAAGAACUAGUCUAUAGCUCUGUGUCCUGUUCCUCACACUGCCCCCCACCCCACCCUAGACCCCACCAUGCACCUAGAAGUAAAUAUUUGGAUAAUGAAGCAAAUGCAUGACUCAAGCACAUAGGAUAGUAUUAAUGAUGGACACUUAGUGCAGAGCCAGGGCCCCCAGCCAGUGGAGUGCUCAUGAGUGUUCAGGAAUGAGCCAGUGCAACCCCUGCCUGCAGAGGAGGGGCUGGGCAUGGAUACUGAGCUACUAACCAUCACUGCCCCUAAGGGGACUUCAUCUAUCCCUAGCAAGGUCACAGUGACUGCAGUUGCCUCCGCUGAUACUAAUUCAGAACUCUUGCCCCCUCCCUCCCUCCCUUUUCCCAUAUUAAUGUCACCCCUUAGCACCUUUUCUUUCUUUUUUUUUGAGACGGAGUUUCGCUCUUGUGGUACAGGCUGGAGUGCAGUGGUACCAUCUCGGCACACUGCAACCUCCGCCUCCCGGGUUCAAGCGAUUCUGCUGCCUCAGCCUCCCGAGUAGUUGGGAUUACAGGCGCCCACCACCACGCCCCGCUAAUUUUUGUACUUUUAGUAGAGACAGCGUUUCGCCAUGUUGGCCAGGCUGGUCUUGAACUCCUGACCUCAGAUGAUCUUGCCCACCUUGGCCUCCCAAAGUGCUGGGAUUACAGGCGUGAGCCACCGCGCCCAGCCCCUUAGCACCUUUUAAAAAUAAAAAGAGCAGCGUUUUACAGGAAUCUGUCCCAUUGUUGCAGAAACAUCCAACUGAUUGCACUUUUUCUUCUCUCGUCAACUCGUAACUCCUAUCUCAAGUUCACCCACAGGUCUAGUGACUCCAGCUGGCUGCUGCGUGGGGGGAGACUCGCAGAGUGCCUGACUAGAGGCCACCCGCGCGCUCUGGACGGUGGCCCUAUCUCCAGGGUCUGGGCCCCGGAGCCGCAGUUCUGCAGCAGAGCGCCUGGAGCCGCGAGCAGCGAGCAGCCCGGCGAAGCGCACAACCUCGGCGAUAGUCAGCUCCGCGGCCUCUGCUCCCUCCCCUCCCCGCAGCUCCGGGAAGGGGCGGAGACGAGGAGGAGCUGGGACUGCCGCCGCGCUCCCGGGCGCACCAAGCCCUUUAAAAGCCGCGGGCCUUGACAGUUCUGCAGGCAGCCGUCGCGGUCCUGGAGCCCUAGUCCCGCACUCCCCGCUGGCGAGCCGGCUCUGGGUGCGGCGAGGCCCAGCCCUCUCGGCUUGCGCGCCGGACCGCGGGACGCGCUCCAUGCGGCCGCUCAGCAUGUCCGGGCACUUUCUGCUCGCACCCAUCCCCGAGUCCUCCUCGGACUACCUACUGCCCAAGGACAUCAAACUGGCGGUGCUGGGCGCUGGCCGCGUGGGCAAGAGCGCAAUGAUCGUGCGCUUCCUGACCAAGAGAUUCAUUGGAGACUAUGAACCGAAUACAGGCAAGCUGUAUUCACGGCUGGUCUAUGUCGAGGGGGACCAGCUCUCCCUGCAGAUCCAGGAUACUCCCGGGGGCGUCCAGAUCCAAGACAGCCUCCCCCAGGUCGUCGAUUCCCUGUCCAAAUGCGUGCAGUGGGCCGAGGGCUUUCUGCUGGUCUAUUCCAUCACAGACUAUGACAGCUACUUGUCCAUCCGACCCCUUUAUCAGCACAUCCGGAAGGUCCACCCUGACUCUAAAGCCCCUGUCAUCAUCGUGGGCAACAAGGGGGACCUUUUGCAUGCCCGGCAGGUGCAGACACAGGACGGUAUUCAGCUAGCCAAUGAGCUGGGCAGCCUGUUCCUUGAAAUUUCCACUAGCGAAAACUAUGAAGAUGUCUGUGAUGUGUUUCAGCAUCUCUGCAAAGAAGUGAGCAAGAUGCAUGGCCUCAGUGGGGAAAGAAGAAGAGCCUCCAUCAUCCCUCGGCCCCGCUCUCCCAACAUGCAGGACCUGAAGAGACGCUUCAAGCAGGCUCUGUCUCCCAAAGUCAAAGCCCCCUCUGCACUGGGAUGAACUAUCUCAGACAGAUGCCUCUCCUUUUUAAUACGCAUUUGUGCAGCUAAAAGACUGGGCUUCUCCCUUUUUAAUCACACAUUCAGAGUUUAUUUUUAUAAAAAAAUUGAUUUUCAAGUACAUGUGUAUUUCUGAAAAUUCAAACAGUGAUUGCCUAGAAGCUGGAUAAAAUUUUGUUUUGUUUUAUUAAAAGAACUGUUUUUUUUUUUUUUUACUGUAACCACUGGCCACUUUUCCAUUAAAGGCAAAAUGGCAACAUUGCUCAUUGUUUUCUCAAUGUCUUUUUAUAGAAAUUGUACUUGCACCAGCGCCCAGAACUACUCCAUGCUUGCCCUUAGUCUGAACUCUGAUUGGUGUCUCGCAGUGGGGAGGAGUUCAUGUAGAGGGAGUCUGUUGUGGGAGAAAGGAAAGUAUGUGGAGGAGGAGAGGGAUUUGAAUAACAGCAAGAGGUCUUUUAAAUGGGACACUGCCACCAGUCAUGAAAUUGCCAGUGUGUGAUUUUCAAGGGAAGGGGUACAGUGUGAGCUGAUGCUAAAACGUUACAAGUCAUGAGUAACAUUUAUUGGUGCAAAUGCAAGUUUAUACUCUACCCAUAUUAAAAAACAACCCCUUUUCUAGUAUUAUGUCAGUAAGUGGACCCUACUGCCCAAAAGUUGCCUCAAAAUUCUCCUUCCCUUCCAAUAGGGCACCAGAUCUGUCCAUCCUCACUCCUGUUUUUCUCUAAAGCCUCACUGUCCCUUAAUCUAGACCUCCCUUUGACUGACAGGCAAGAAUCUAGGCAAGACUCAUGUUUCUUGCCUUCUAGAAUGACAUCUUCUAAUUGUCUCUUCACAUCAGAACAAUCCUACUAAAACUAACCUUAAUCAUUUUAUUUCUAUAAAAAACUCAGCUGGUUUCCCCUUAUCUACUGGUUAAGAUAGACAUGAGACAUGGCAUCAAGAUUCUUUACCACCUCUCCAGGCUUAUCAACCCCUCCUUCCAAGACACACACCCCAGCAGUCAGUCCAUUCCAACAGAUUGUCUUUCUCAGCCUGCUCCAGGCUCUUUCAUGUCUUCCUGCCUUGACACAAACUAUCUCACUGCCUCAAAUAUUUUUUCCGAUUCUACACAUAAUGGCUUACUUACUCAUCUUUAAAAACUCAAGUCACAUGCUACAUUCAGCUCUGAAAUGCCUUCUCUGGUCUUCCUCUAUUCCUGGAGCAUUUGUGUUAUAACCCAACCCUGUCAUGUUACUCCAUUAGAAGGAGUCCCCCUCGAGGGCAGUAGCUGCAUUUUAUGAUCCUGUCUUCCAAUCUUCUAGUUCAGUGCUUGCCUGUAGAGUGGUAAGUUUUAAGUAAACAUAUAAUGAAUAAAUGAAUGAAUGCACCAUUUAUGGUGCCAAGGGGCAAUGAUUACCAUGAAACAUUGCUACUUCUGCAGGGCAAGGACAGGUGUUCUGAGUAAUUAAAGAUUAUUAGCUGUGAUGGAAAGGGACUGACAUACGCAGCUUCUGGCAAUCACAGACCAUUACCCUUCCAAAAGGACAGCUCUGUCCAGACCUGUGAUGUCAGCACCACUUUUCCCUGUAGUUGAAGGGAGUCUACCUAUACAAAAUGGCAUGAAGGGUUAAGAAAACUAGAUAAUGCAUGUCUAAAAGAGUGUUCAAAUAAAAUAUUAAUUUGGAUUCCAUCUUUUAAAAAA